AUGGCAGAUCCUGGAAAUUCAAAUACUCUCAGAAGGGGUGAACCGUAUAGUUUCCAGCUUCCGACUCCUAAUAUAACCGCUUUUGAGGAAAGUUCUGAGCCAGCAUCUUUUGCAGGAGGCCCGAUUAGGCACCGCAAAAAACGUAAUCAUACAAAUACGCCGUAUACGCGAGCUGCUAGUUCACCUAAUCCGAACCCUCAAGAGACUCAUUGGCUAUUGCGCGUUGUUAAAAAAUAUAUUCCGCAGUGGUUGAGAGCAAUUAUAUGGCCCACUGCAACACCCACCAUUCCCAACACUGAAGAUACAUCUAUGGAAAUAACAGCCGAAAAUGAAACGAUCGCAGAGAAUAUUGUGCAAAGUUCUAUAGAAGAACUAAACAAUGCAAUGGUGAAACGUGAAGAACCUUACCAACCAUCACAAUUGGAUACAAUAACAAAAAUGAAUUUAAAAAGCAAGUUUAACAGAUCAAAUUCAAAAAUUGCCGCAAGAUUUGGUCGUAGGAUGUACUCAAAUCCUCUGCAUAGGCGAGGAACUAUUAUUCCUAGGAAAAGGGGUAAUCAUGUUUCAGCACGUGAAGAGGAUCUACUUUAUCCAGAUGAGAUAAAUGAUUCAUUAUCAGAUAAAGAACUAUCCCCUGAAAUACCAGCAGAUUGGUAUAAACCUUUCAAGAAUUUAGCUGUUAAUGAUUCAUUUUCAACUUCUUCAUCGGGAACAUCAACGCCUUCACAAGAACCAGACAUAAGUAAAAAGUCUUUAUCUCAAGGACCACCUCUUAAGAAAUUUAAAUCAGAUCUUGUUCCAGAUGUAAAUUGGUUUAACUAUCAUCCUUCAGAGAAGGUGUCCAUUCCUGCAAGUUCGACAUCAAAAAAUCAAAAUAUUUCAUCCGAUGACAAUUUGCCGAAGGUUCCUAUUGUUAGUUCCUUGCCCCCUCCUGUUUCUAAGCCAGAUGAUUCAGAAAAAUACCUGAAUAAUGAUGUUGAAGAACUUAGUACUACCCCUUUGACACUGCCGAGAUUCGCUCAAAUUGUCGAUCACAAAAUGAAAAACGAACAAUACUAUAGUGAAACAAAGAAGAAAAUUGAUUUUUCUGCAAGUAUAUCAGAUAACACUGUUUCUGCUUCCACACCACUUAUUUCAAAAGAUAUCUUAUCGGUCAGUACUCCUGUUAGUAAGCCAAAAAGAUCAAUUUUUUCUACUACACCGACGACUAAACCUCUUUUUGGAUCUGGAAGCGGAAUUUUAGCAUUCAACAAAUUACAGGAGCCUUCGGAUGUACUUUCUGAUACAACGAUGCUUAAACCUAUUUUUGAAUCUGGAAGUAAGACUCAAACAAACUCAAACUUAGCUAUUAACACAUCGAUUAAAUCAGUUACUGGAUUUGAGAACAAAACUCUUGACUUAUUUAGUCUACUACCAAAACCUUUGCCUAGCACUUUCUCUGUUCCAGCUAUUUGUAAAGAUCAACGAGAACAGCCACCAAAAGCAGUUGUCGCCGAUUCUAUUGAUGUGGAAAAACAGGGUUCCAUUGACCAGAAUGUUGACAAACUUGAAGAGAAACAAGAGGAAAUUUCCAAUGUUACUGAACCAACUGUAGUUAAUAUUGAAACCGAAAAGGCAGAAACCGAAAAGACGGGACUCAUUGAAGUUCAACCUGAGCCUGAACCUUAUACAAUCACGA